AUCGUACAUAAAAUAGGAGAGAAGAUACUGACCGUUGAAGUUAAAAUAUGCAACGAAUAUAUAUUGAAGCUAAAAAUUCAAAUGGGCUGUGAACUCAUUAUUAAAAUAAUAGCAAAUAAAAUUUUCGUUUAAUAUAUAACCCCAGUGCAUAACUGUAACAAUUGACUUUUUUUACAUUUUGCUUUGGCAUAUUUAUUCCAAACGGUCAAAUCGUUUCAUAUUUAUUAUCGUACAUAAAAUAGGAGAGAAGAUACUGACCGUUGAAGUUAGAAUAUGCAAUUCGUGUUACAGUUUUGCUCGUCAGUGUAUAUGCCUUAAAAGCGCAGGAAAAGGACUAUUUAAUUUUUUUAUAAGUCCAAUAAAUUUUGAAGUACGCCUGAAAAGUAUGUAACAGGUAGAAGGAAGCGUUUCCGACCCUAUACAGAAUGUAUAUUCUUCAUUAGGAUUUUCUUGUCCGUCUAUCAGACGUAUAAAUGCUUCGAUGUCAGGAACUAUUAAAGCUAUAAAGUUGAGAUAAAGCUUUAGAGAUAAGGAUAUUGUGUGAGGUAUGUCUCUUUUUGUUUAGUCAUAGCAAUGUGUGUACCUUAGUUUAAUAUAGUAUUAAUUAUCAGGUCAAGCGAUCAGAAGCGUUAUAUCGUGAACAACUUACUGGUUCAAGACAUAUCCUGCUAAAUUGACAAUGUCUAGUUGGGGUAUAAUCAUUAUUUAGCAAUUAUGCAAAAUAUCAAACAUUUUUCUUUAGCGUCAGUUUUUAAUGAGAUUUUUAGGACACAGGUACGAUUUGGGAAUACCACCUGGACACUCCCCAUCGAAGUCAACCAGGCGACACUUUUAGGGAUUAUAACGAUUGUUAUCAUUAACAAGUCGUUUUGGUAUCCUGCAAAAACAAGAGCGAUAUCGCGCAUUAAUCGCUCCAACAAUGUUCAGUGACAAUUGCUGCUAAAAGUUAUUCUAUUUUCGAGAUAGUACAUGAAGAAUAUUUCUUGGCUUUCCCAGAAAACCGAAUCUAUUUUCUUUCUAAACCAUUGAGCGUCUCCUUGCUGCAUCUGCGCCGGCUUUGGUCCACUGUUUGCUUCUUAUUCAGUUCUAUGGUGUGUAGUAUAGGUACCAGUUGUCAUCAACCAAUUACCUAUUACCCAAAUCUGAUAUCUCUGUGAUUAGUCAUUUCCGAUCCGCCACAUAAUUUCAUGUAUUUUUAUUACGUGUUCCACUGUUACCGCAUAAGAGGGCAUCCCACUGAUGACUUCAGUAGAUAAUUUUGCCACUAUUAAAGUCUCGAAACCAAUAUUUAACGGUACAGGCUGAAGAACCAUUAGUCCCAUAAUAUUUUCGCCUGUUAACAAAAAUCAUAUUUCCGCUAAGAGCUUUGACCUUUCCUAAAUAUAAAUACUCACUAAAAGAAGGCGACAUUUUUUUAGUGACAGCAUUGCAAUUUAAAGGUUAUUAUUCACUAAACUUACUUAGAUAAUAAAUCGAAUUUGCUCUGACCAAAAUGGAAGCUAUAUUAGAUGGUAAAUGGUGGGAGACAAUCUUUUUAAGUCCACCUUAUAAGUUAUAAAACAAUUUAUAAUAACAAAGAUAAAAAAGAUUAUUUGUUUUUAGAUAGGAAAUUGCUAACAAAAAUAUCAGAGUCUUAUUUCGUAUAUGACAAUCAUGCGUAGUAAGAUUAUCUCUACAGUACUAUUUAUGUGCCUAUUACCUAAUUCUAUACUUUCCCAAAAUUUGACAAAGAUAAAAUGUCUUGACGAGUUUACUAAGACAACAUCAGGCACGGCAUAUUGGAAGUAUAAAGGCAUUCCUUAUGCAAUAUCUGAAGACCUACUGUGCCUAAAAUCAAACCAUCAAAUUUUAUUGCGCGUGUGCGAUACAAAAUCUGGUCAUUGGAUGCCGGAUUUGAUAGAGUGCAAAAUGAGUAUGAACAAAAACAUGCACUGCCCUGAUGAUCUUUUUGAAAUUCGAGACGUUGGUAACGUUCCACUUUGCUUAAAAAUUUCUACUAAACCUCAAGCGUUCAAUGAAAAAUUUUUCUACGGCUCAAAUAUUAUUAUUCCUAUUGAUUUAACAAACACAGAAAUUUCUACAGUAUCCAAGUUCUUGAUAAAGAAUAAUAUUUAUGAUUAUUGGCUGCCAAUUCGUCGAAAAAACGAAGUAAUGCCUUAUGAAGUACGUUUGCCAGGAAAUUCUUGGAGAAAGGAAAUAAAUGAGAGUUUAAUACACUUAAAAAAAAAACCCAAUGAGCACUGCCUAAAGCAUACUAUAAUUAAUAAAACAGCAACUGACUUUAAAAACCAAAUAGUAUCUGUAGACUGCAAUACUUUCUUAAAUGCAGUGUGCAUUUUUAAGUCGGAACUGAUAUCUAAUGCGGGAUGUCCGAGCGGCUUUGGAGCUUUAGUCUAUCACCCGUCAGUAUGUUAUGGUAUGGCCUGGAAAAAUACCACGUAUGAACACGUUGAUCUAAAAGAGUACUUAAAAAAACGAAAUUGGCUAAGGCGAAUUUUAGCAAAGUAUGUCUCAAAGAAAAAUCAAAACGAAUAUUUUAAAAUUGAUUUUCUUUCUCAUCACUUGACAGAAAAAUAUGUUAUACUAAUGAAUCUAUCUGAAAAUUUCCAAAUUGUUAGCAAUGGCUUGAAAUGGAUUCCCACUUUAAGCAAAAAAAUUGUAAAGCCAAGUAGUGCUAUUGAAAUGGUAUUGGAAAUAGAUGACGUCUCUAAAGCGCUUAGGCUGGUGAUUUAUAAUCGAAAGUAUUUAUGGGUAAAUAACAACUCUUAUGUUGGUGCCCAAUGUUUUGCAUUUUUAGAAUAUGGAACUCUAAAAAAAGCCAACUUGGACCUCGUUUGGGAGAAUCAAGAACAAUCUUAUUCAAUUCUUAAUGUCAAUUUAUUUUCAAGCUAUCGCACCGAAUAUUGGUGUGAAGGUCACAGCAUUUUUGAGUUUCAGCUGGUUUCCACCCGGUUGCUGGUAGAUUAUAACAGAAACACUGCGCAUAGUUUUGUUAUACGUUGGAACGUCUCAUGUAUAAAUGCAAGUUUUGCAUUUAAUUUGUGUGAUGAAGUAACCGGUAAACAUUUAAGAAACCUUUCAGAAAGCAUAUACGGAAGCAGCGAUCUAGGUCAUCUUUUCAUACACGAUGUUCGAAUAAUGAAUAUGGAAUGGAUCAAAAAUAUAUAUGUUGUUUUUUGGAUUCAUAUAUUUGCGGCUCUCAAAAUAACAGCAGAAUAUGAUGUCCAUGAACUUGCCUUUGGGGACAAUGCCCCCAUAAUAACAAAGAACUCAUUUGCCUUUAUGCAAAUUAAAAUUACACUGAACAUUUUUUUUUUUAGUUUCAUUAAAAACUCAACUUAUCUCAUACGUAGUAAAGAUUAUUGUUCAUCAGAGCGUUCAUUUUCAAACGAUGGACUACAGUGGACUACAACGCGUAUUGGAGAAAUCGCUACGACAAAGAAAUUGUGUAUUAAAAAAAAUGGUAUGCCUUACACGCGAUUAUGUUUAGGCGAUUUUGUUCAUGGAGCAUAUUGGAAAGAGUUUACACAACCAGUCGUAUGUGAAAGUCCUAAGUAUAAUACAAAAGUAUUGCAUAAUUUGAUUAAAGCCAAAAUUGUUAAGUCCUUACCAGAAAAAGCUUUACAAAAUGUGAAAGACAUAAUUGCAAAUAGUAAAAAUAGUAUAGUUCCAGCUGACAUCUUCUUUAUUUCUAAAAUUAUUCAAUUAGUGCUUAAAACUUAUUCAUCAAAUUUAACACUUCGACAGACAAAUGAAGAGUCAACUAAAUGGAAGAAUGCAUUUUCUAACAUUUUUGAUAUAUACAAUAUAUUAAUAGAGAUUGACUCUAAUGUUAUAAAGAAGUCUUCUGAGCUAAACGCUACAAACAAGUUAUUAAGAUCAUUUGAAAGGUAUGUUGACACUUUAUCAACUAACUUGCCUUUUACUAAAAUAGGUAAUGGUGAAGAACAGCUUGUCUCUGAGUUGCAAAGUGAAACAAUUGACUAUGAUGAUAUUGGAGUAUCAGUAUAUAUUUCAAAAUAUAUUUUAUAUUUCUCAAUCAACCCAAGUAUUGCCAAUGUUUCGGGAAUAGCAUUGUUUGCAAAUAAUAAGAAAAGAAAUAAACAAAAAAAACUAAAGGGAGCAUUUAAAAACGAACAUUACCGUUUUCUUCAAGUAAAUCAUAACAUUAAUGAUGUUGUUGAUGAGCCUGACUUAGAACUUGGUGUAUACUUGCCAAUAGAUCUAAUAGGCACCUUGAAAGCUUCAACGAAUAAGUUAAGUGACGUUACUGUUGUUAUUAAGGUAUACUCAAAUGACCAACUAUUCCAACAGUCUAUUAGAUCUUUAAUACUAUUAAGUCGAAUAGUAUCUAUAUCAAUACCUGGGUAUAGUUCAAAUCUUCCUGUACCUGUGCCAAUUAUCUUUCGCAAAUCUCAGAACAAGGAGGCAAAUACGUCAGGUUCCUGUAAAUACUGGAACUAUGAAAGUUUUAUCGAUGGUAAAAGUAUGCUAAACCAUUUCGAAAAUAGUAAAGGUAAAACGCUAUGCUUUCUAAGGCGUUUGGCACCAACUGGAUAUUUUUUAGAGAAAAAUAAUUCUAUUGAAAAUACCUUAAUAAUUAAUAAUUCAAGCUUAAAUGAAAAUAUUAUUUAUGCUAUUUUACUUACCAGCUGUCUACUGAUGUUUAUUGGCUUUUGGUUUUGCAAGUGUAAUUUUAGACAACGCUUUCAAAUAGAUGUAGUACUUACAUUUAUCAAAUAUGAUUUCAAAUAGUGUUUAAUAGGCGAACACGGCUGAACGUUAAACUAAAUUUGUCAUUAGUAGAAUGUUCUGAGCGUCUUAACUAUAUUUUAGACUAAACUUUUAUUUUAUUAUAAGCUAUAAAUAAACAUUAAUUAAAACAGCACAGCGGUUUUGUACUUACUUGACACCAAUGAUAUGGCAAGAAAGUCCUCUUUUUGUGCGCUCGCCACUUAAUGAUAUACCUGAUUGUUUGAACAGUAUGUAACAUGUACAUACCUUGAACAAAUACUAUACUAUUCGUAUAACCGUUAAGAUCUGGGAAAUUUUAAGGCAUAGAUGAUUAAACUUCUCGCAAAAACUAUUUCCAUUACUUUAGAAGUUUUAAAAUAUUUUAAGGAGUGCCAUGGUUAAUAAUCAGGAAGUCAUGAGUAAUAAAUGUAACCGGCGCUAGAUGGUGUUUGAAAAUGUCUUACAAACGCUUCCUUCUGCCUGUUAAAUUCUUUACAAGAAAUCGAAGGGGUAUACUACGAGUAACGGGUAUAAAAGAAGUAAAAGAAAAAAACCACUCCAGCACAUGAAAACCACUUUCUUUCUCGACUUUGUCUUUGCUCAUCAUUUUCACUGAAUUUCUCGCUUAAUUUUUGUAUCGCAUCAUCAUCAUAAAACAAAAUAAAAAAAAAAAAAUUUU